GUUUAAUAAGAAUUCAGUAGAAAGUGUUGCGAGAGAAGAGGAAACACCAAUAAUAAACCCAGACUUACAAAUGGAUCCGGAAUAUAAGAAAUACAUUUUUAGGGAAGAAUAUGAUGAAAAGGGAAAGAAAAUUAGAAAUCUUGAUGACAUUAAAAGAAAAGCAAAAUUUAUUAAUAAAAACUUAAAAGAAAGCAAAAGAAAGAAAAUAAAGCCAAUUAUGAAAGAUUUUGAUUGCGAUAGAGUAUCAAAAGCACUUCAUGUGCUGAUCCGAGAUAUGGAAGAGUUUAAGACAAAGUUAAAUGAAGUGGAGAUCUAUAAAAACCAAACCAAACAAAUGGAUUCAACAGCAGAGGACGCAAAGCUUAUUAUUAACCAAGAGAAAGAAAUCAAUGAAAAGAGCGAUAAAUCCGACGAAGAAAACACUGAAAAUGAGGAAAAUAAUGAUUCGUCAAAAGAAAAUGACGACAAAAAAGAUUCCGAAUCUGAUUUUGAGAACGAAAUAACUGAUGAAACUGAAGACACAUAUGGUUUGGACACCAAUUGUGAUGCUGAAGAAGACAUGAGACAAGAAUUAUUAAAGAAUUUGGAUUCAGAUGUUUGGCAAUCGCUUCUGAAGGGAAUGAAACAUUUGGAAAGACUUAAGAAAGAAGAAUAAAUAUUCUUUAAAAUGUCUUUUUAUUUGUUAAUUGUAUAAUAAAUGGCAACAUUUUAGUAGAAAUAAAUCAAAUCUAAU